AUGUUAGAUGGGAAAACUAUUAUGAUUUCCAAUAUCCUCAUUAUCGCAGGUAAAGUGGGUAAGGAUUCCUUUUAUCUUAUUCUCACUAUUUCGGCUUCCGUUUAUUUAUUCACUGCAAUUUUCUCUCCCGCUCCGAUGGGAAACAAAAUUAAUGCUCCUCUUGGUUCCAACAAUAGCGCAGUGAAUGGGAUGAAAGAAUUCAGCCUUAAUUACCACAAGCAUACCUAUAAUUAUUAUAAAUCUACUGGGAAAAAAAGUGCUGAAAAUCAAAAAGAAGUCAUACCAGAAUUUACGAAAAGACUAGGCGAUAAAAAAGAAAUACGAAAAAAGGCGGGAACGAAUCUUGAAGAUGUCAAUUUAAAUGGUGUACUUGUAAAGGCGUUAAAAGAAGUAAAGUAUCAACAAAAUGCUGAAAGAAAAUGGAGAGAAGAUUGGAAGGAGGAGAUUAAUUCUACAACUAUUUCUACAGUAACAAGAAAUAAGUUUACCAAUGAAAAAAAUGAUCUUACAAUCGAUGAUGGUACAACGACCAAAGAAAUUACUAUUAGUGUUGACAAAGUGUAUAAAGAAAAUCACCGCUCCACCGAAAAAAUGUUGGAUACUACUAUCGAUGAAAUUGCCAAGGAAACUGAUAGUGAAAAUCAUAAUGAAAAUGAAGGCACAACUGAAGAAAAUAAAGUUGAAAAAGAAAACGAGGAUGACGAGGAAAAGUCUGGCCAUGGUAAGAAAAAUAAAAAAGAUGACUGUGACAGUUAUCAUAUACAUCUACCUCGAGACUAUGUUAAAUCUAUAAAAAGGCUUACAAAGAAUAUCAGGCAUCGUAGCAGCAAGAUCGACAUUCUCGGCUAUACAUUACAGGUAGGCGAUAAAAAAUUAAAUUUAGGUGAAAUCAUUCCUGAUAUACCCUUUUACGCCUCCCUCAUUUCUAGCAAACGCAAUGAUAUAUCUUUGUCUCACAGGGUCAGGAGGAAGUUCGAAAUCAAAAUUCGCUUAAUUUUGAUUUCAAACAAUGAUAGCAAAAAGACAUAUGGUCCCGACACUUCGGUUAUUGACAAGAGUAUAGACGCAAAGAAAUACGAUCAUAUAUUAUUACAGUUAAAAAACGAGGUUUUAGCUUUCAAUGACCCACGAUCGACAACCAUCAUUAUUUCGAAUAAUGAAAAGCAUAAUCAAACCGAAGAUGGAAGAAAUUCUUGGCGAUUGGCGCGCAAAUGGAUCCGAAAAUCGAUGCGUUCUGGGAAACUUUACGAAUUAGAUAAAGAAUGGAAAUCACCUAUGACAAGGGUUUACGAUAGUCUGGCCAGCUAUCCACUGAUAGGGAUAGAUAUUCCAAACAAAAGGGUUGCUACUAGAAAGGUUAAACAAAUCACGGUCAAUAAAAUGCGUGGCAGCACGACAAAAUUGAUACUGGAAUUGAAAGGAAAUCAAAAGGUUUUAUUCAAGCAUAAACGCCUGCUUAUGACUGAUUUGAUUAAGGAUAAAUUUUGGCCAGCGUUCCAUGGCCGUGAACGUUUUCAAUGUGAAAUAAUGGCAUUCCAUCUUAGUAGAGUUUUGGAUUUCCGCAAAACACCGAUAACCGUUGGUAGAAGAUCACCUCAAUGGUAGUCAUUGUUUUAGCUUUUACAAAGGAAAGAAAAACAACAGGUCUUUGAAAUCAUCCAAAAUUUGCACAGAUCGGGGAGACUUUAUUGAAGGAGCGAUGAUAAUGUGGCUACCAUUUCCGUUAAAAAUAAUCGAAAAUCCCUGGCAUCCUAAAUUUUGGAGGGAGCAUCAUGGAAAAUGCGGCAGACAUCCCUUUCCAGAUCCAGAUGUAGACACGUUUACAACAUUGGCCCCUUUAUAUCAAUGCUGCAAACUUCGCCGAUCAACUUAUGAAAGAUUGAAACUCUUAAAAAACGGUCGUUUCGUGCACUUAUUUAAUAUUUCCCUAAGUGCUGACAUGUUACAUCCUUUCCUAACAGAACCUUAUUGGAUCGCCUUAAAUAGGAGGUAUAACGCAGUGAUGUCAGUUAUUCAA